AUGGCGCGCAUAAAGAAGAAGGGCCAAUCCGGCCAAGCCAAAAACUACAUCACGCGCACGCAAGCCGUGCGCAAGCUGCAAGUCUCGCUGCCCGACUUCCGCCGCCUCUGCAUCUUCAAGGGCAUCUACCCGCGCGAGCCGCGCAACAAGAAGAAGGCCUCCAAGGGCGCCACCCACUCGACCACCUUCUACUACACCCGCGACAUCCAGUACCUGCUGCACGAGCCGCUGCUGGCCAAGUUCCGCGAGCACAAGGCCCUGGGCAAGAAGAUCAGCCGCGCCCUCGGCCGCGGCGAGGUCGGCGAUGCCGCUCGCAUGGAGAAGAACCUCACGCCCAAGAUGAGCUUGGAUCAUAUUAUUAAGGAGCGCUAUCCUACGUUCGUCGAUGCUCUUCGCGACCUUGACGAUUGUCUGUCUAUGCUCUUCCUUUUCGCGAACCUCCCCUCUACUGCUGCCGUCCCUCCAAAGACCGUCUCGCUUUGCCAGCGCCUCUGCCUCGAGUUCGAGCACUACCUCAUCGUCUCGCACUCGCUGCGCAAGUCGUUCCUCUCCAUCAAGGGCAUCUACUACCAGGCCACCAUCCAGGGUCAGGACAUUCUCUGGCUCGUGCCGUACAAGUUCGUCCAGCGCAUGACCAACGACAUUGACUACCGCAUCAUGGGCACCUUUGUCGAGUUCUACACUACCCUGCUUGGCUUUGUCAACUUCCGUCUCUACAACUCUAUCGGCCUCAACUACCCCCCCAAGUUCAACGCCGUCAGUGACGAGAAGGGUGGCGAGCUCGGCGCAUUCAUACUCGAGGGCAAGGGCGUCGGCUCUCAGCCCGCAAUUGAGGCUCCGUCUGCAAGCGGCGAUGUCGCCAUGACCUCGGCUUCGGCGCAGGCUGCGGCUGACAAGGUUGCUGCGCUGGAGGAGCCUGAUGCCGAGAUGGAAGACGCAAAGGAGGUCGCCGAAGGCGAGGACAAGCAGACCGAUGCGAUUGACAAGUUCGAGACGACGGGCGAGGACGCGGACGAGCUUCCCCAGCCCCAAGCAGGCAGCUCCGAGGCCGCCAGCCUUUUCUCUGGCUGCACCUUCUACCUUUCCCGCGAGACCCCUCGCCAGCCCUUGGAAUUUCUCCUCAAGUCUUUCGGCUGCAAGCGCGUCGGCUGGGACUCUGUCCUCGGUGACGGCGCUUUCACCACCAAUGAAGCCGACCCCGCCAUCACGCACCAAGUCGUCGACAGGCCUAACAUCCCCGUGCCGACGCUUAACGCGCAAGAGACCAACGCGCCGACUGAGAACGGCGUUAGGCUGAAGCCCGGCACCCGCGUCCCCGGCCGCACUUACAUCCAGCCCCAGUGGGUGUGGGACUGCGUCAACCAGGGCAAGCUCUUGCGGCCGGACCUGUACGCGCCCGGCGCGACGCUGCCCCCGCAUUUGAGCCCGUGGGUCAAGCCCAAGAAGGGCCAGUACGACCCUACAGCGCCGUUGGCGGAGCAGGAGCGCGAGGGCGAGGCGGAAGAGGCCGAGGAGGCCGAGGACGAGGAAGAGGAGGAAGACACACCCAAGGACAAAGCCUCGGCUGUCCUACUCGACCGCACUGGCGACGUCGAAGCCGGCGAGGGCAUGGACGUGGCUGGCAGUGAUGAGUCUGACGAGGAAGAGGAGGAGGACGGCGACUUUGGCGGCUUCUCAGACGAUGAGGAGGCUGAGCAAGGCUCGGACGUCGACGAAGCCGAGGCGGAGCGCAUCCGGCAUCAGAAAGAACUGGAAGCCGAAGCCAAGGGCAAGCCGUAUGCGGCGCAAGACAAUGCCGAGAAGAAGAAGGGCAACGAGGCGCGGAAGCGCAAGGCCAAGAAGGACCGCGCCGAGCAGGAGGAGCUGGAGCGCCAGAUGAUGAUGAUGCCGCGUAGCAAGAGGAAGCUGCUCGAGAAGAUGACGUACUCGAACAAGAAGCGGGACGAGGAGGCGGAGAAGCUGCGGGCGAAGAAGCGGAAGCUGGAGAAGGCGACCAAGACGACGUGA